AUGUCAAAAGCAGUUGAGAGUGUUCUUAUUGUGGAUGAGGAAGGGAAGGACCGAAGCACAUUUGUUGGACCAUAUCUACAGGGACAAUCCGUUAAACUCAAGUGUAUUGCUGUUAAAGGGCAUCCAUCUCCUAAAGUUGAAUGGUUCAGAAAUCGUGAGAGCCUUGGAAGCAGUUGGGUCAUCUUAGAAAACAGGACUGUUGUAUCGGAGCUGGAGAUACACAACCUGUCUAGGUCUGAUCUACACUCGGAGCUGAGCUGUCGGGUUUCUAACAACAAUAUCUCAGCUCCAACUACCAUCACUGUACACGUAGAUAUGAACUUUAGUCCGAGUUCUGUCCGACUGGAGGGAGGAGAUGAUGAGAUGAUAGUUGGUAAAACUUACACAGUUACCUGUAUCAUUGAGGGGAGCCGACCUCCCCCUGUAGUCACGUGGUUUAUCAACUCAAAGAGAAUAGAAGGAGUUCAGGAUACGUCUACUGGAGAUGGUACACUGAGCAGGAGCAAGCUUAACUUUAACCCUGGAGUAGAGGAUGUAGAUAAGGUUUUACUGUGUAAAGCAUUUAACCCUGUAGUUCUGGGAUCAGAACCAGUUUCAUCGGAGAUAUCUCUCAACAUUUCAUAUGCUCCGCGUGUGUUGAUCGGGUUGGGUAAAUCUAUAUCUCCGAACACAGUGUACGAAGGAGGAGAUGUUUAUUUUGACUGUAAAGUGCAGGCUCUGCCCCCUUCUACAAGAAUCUCCUGGAUACACAAUGGUGUAGAGCUCAGACAGGAUGUAGAGAAUGGAAUACUGUUUACAAACUACAGUCUGGUACUACAGAAGAUAACUAGAGAGUUAUCAGGAUCCUAUAGUUGCGAGGCCUGGAGCAGGGUAGGAAGAGGACAGAGCCAAGAACUCCUUCUGGACGUGAAAUAUGUACCUGUAUGUAAGAGUGUACAACCAAUGAUCUACGGAGUAUCUAAACGCGAGCUUGUGAAUGUACUAUGUGAGGUUGAAGCUAACCCUGCUGAUGUAGAGUUCAGAUGGACGUUUAAUAAUUCAGCUGAACUAAUCAAGGUUCCGACCGGUAGACCAGAGAAUAAUUUCUCAACAAGCCUUCUCAGUUAUACUCCUGUGACUGCUAUGGAUUAUGGUACCCUGAUGUGUUCCUCCAGGAAUCAAGUUGGUCACCAGAAGCUUCCUUGUGUUUAUCAUAUUAUCAUGGCAGUUACUCCUGACCCAGUAGAGAACUGUACAGUUAUAAAUAAAUCUUCUGAGAGUUUUCAUCUCCAGUGUUUACCAGGAUUUGACGGUGGUAUGAACCAAACCUUCCAUAUAACUGUGAAGGAACGUGAGAACGGGAUUGUUAUGUACGAUGAUUCAAAUCUUCUCAAGCCUGACGUAAAUAUCCAACACCUGAAACCUGGAGGAAACUAUCUUGUAUCUGUGACCAGCUAUAACAAGAAGGGAACCAGUCAACCCAACCAUAUAGAUAUUGAAACUAUGCAACCUCCAGAGUCUCAGCAGGUGGAGGUGUUCCCAGUUGAGGAGGAGAAGGACGUAUCCUGGCAGGUCGGAGCUGGAGUUAUAGCUGGGAUAUUUCUCUGUAUCAUGGUUGCUACAGUUCUGAUACUCUCAGUUCAGAGACAUUGCCGAAAACCAAGCCAGGGAGAUACUCGGCUUAUCCUGGAUACUGCAGAGACACAUCUAGCAUCUAGUUCCACCUGCUCCAACAUUAUCAUCUGCUCCAGUCCGUCUCAUCCUAACCUACACAGGACGGACUGUACCCUGAUUAGAGAAAGGUUUUGUAACUCCAGGGAUCCUGGGGAACUUGGAUUGAGUCCGAGCAGAAGUUUAAUCUCUGAGGAGAAUGCAUCAGGACAGACAAUUCAAAGGUGUAGGAAGGGUAUCUUGAAGAGGAAUCAGGAUUGUGAUAGUUCUAGACAAGAUCAAGCUACAUGUAUUAGACAAGAUCAAGCAACUACAAAUAUAAUGGAAGAUCCUCUUUACACUGUUGAGAGCUUGAGUUUGCAGCCUAGAGCUGGAUCUAGAAACACCAGAACACCAGAGAUUAGAACUUAUAUUUAAACUAAUCUAGAGAGCUUGAGUUUGCAGCCUAGAGCUGGAUCUAGAAACACCAGAACACCAGAGAUUGGAACUAUUCAGUGUUUACCGGUGAGAUGUGAAAAGGAUGGACUGCUCACAAUGCGUCGGAAAACAAGUGGACAUUUUCAAUCCCCUGAACAUGUUGAAAGUUGUAUUGAGUGCUCGGAUGAUGAGAAUACGAGCUCAAUUGUAUCUUCUUAUCCACGUGAAAUAUCCUCAAACCUAAACACAGAUAUAUCAACAUGCUCUCACUCCUUGAAGAGAAAGAAACAAGAGAGUAUGGUCUAGGAGAAGAGUCUGGUCUAUGAGAAGGGUAUGGUCUAGGAGAAGAGUCUGGUCUAUGAGAAGAGUUUGGUCGAUGAGAAGAGUUUGGUCUAGGAGAAGAGUAUGGUCUAGAAGAAGAGUAUGGUCUAGGAGAAGAGUUUGGUUUAGGAGAAAAGUAUGGUCUAGGAGAAGAGUUUU